UCCCGACGGCAUCAGGGAAUAAAAACUACAUUUCCCCGCACUGACCAUCAGUCAGCCGUGCUCCCAUUGGCUGACCGAUCCAGCCGCAGCCCCAGAGAAUGAAUGAAAUUGAAAUUGCUGCUAUAUUACAUGUACAAUACCGGGGAUCUGCAGUCUUACAUUGUAUCAUUCUAUAUCAAAAUGGCCACAGUGGUCCAAAAUCCUCUGAAAUCGCAAUCAAGUGGAACCGUCAUAAAGAACAGCCUUGGUGAAGAGUUUUACCGUGAGGCGAUUGAGCACUGCCGCAGUUAUAAUGCUCGACUUUGUGCCGAACGCUCCAUGCGCCUGCCCUUCCUCGACUCCCAGACAGGUGUAGCGCAGAGUAACUGCUACAUAUGGAUGGAGAAGACUCACCGUGGGCCAGGUGUGGCUCCAGGGCAGCUCUAUACCUAUCCUGCACGCUGCUGGAGGAAGAAGAGACGGUUGAACAUCUUAGAGGAUCCACGUCUUGGACCCAUCGAGUUUAAAAUCGACUAUGAAGCAGCGCUAAAGAAAGAAGGGGGUGUUCCUGACGGUCCCGUCCUGGAGUCACUCCUCAGCGGAGAACUGCUGGAUAAAAAGGUGGAAACAAAGGAAGAGGAACCCAUGAGCGAAUGCCAGAAGCUGCUGAUGGGAGAGUUUCCUCAUGAGCUGGACAUGGAGGAAAUGGAGGAGGACGUUCCCAAACGCAAGAAUCGCACCAAAGGACGGGCAUGUGGUAUUGGUGGGAUGAGAAAGAGACAGGAUCCAGCAUCUCUGGAGGAUCGAGACAAGCCAUAUGUGUGUGACAUUUGUGGGAAGCGCUACAAGAAUCGUCCAGGUUUGAGUUACCAUUACACUCACACACACCUGGCAGAUGAGGAGGGUGAGGAAGACUCUGAACGCCACACACUGCCCUUCCAGCGCAAGAACAACCACAAACCCAAAAAAGCAGCCGAUGGUUCCGUCAUCCCAAACGGAUACUGUGACUUCUGUCUGGGCGGCUCGAAGAAAACUGGCUGUCCCGAAGAUCUCAUCUCCUGUGCGGACUGCGGCCGAUCAGGUCAUCCGUCGUGCCUGCAGUUCACGGUGAACAUGACGGCGGCGGUGCGGACCUACCGCUGGCAGUGCAUCGAGUGUAAAUCCUGCAGUCUGUGCGGCACCUCGGAGAACGAUGAUCAGCUUUUGUUCUGUGAUGAUUGCGACAGAGGGUAUCAUAUGUAUUGUCUAAGCCCCCCUAUGUCGGAGCCUCCUGAGGGGAGCUGGAGUUGCCAUCUGUGUCUGCGGCAGCUAAAGGAAAAAGCAUCCGCCUACAUCACACUAACCUAAUCUCCGUGCCCUACUUCACCCUAGCAGUCUCAUCCUCCUCUAUCCCAUCAUCACCGAUCCAAAGAGACUCCCCAACAUCCACCAGAAGACAACACGCUCCAUCUGUCAAUGCGGGCUGCAAGGAAAAACUAGGGUGCGACUAACAUUUUAGCACGUCAGGUGGGACUCAAGCAGACCUUUUCCUCGCCAGUCCCUCCAAAGAGCUCCUUCCUUCGAGGAUUAUUGCCCGACUCCAUCUUUUGGCGGUUAGACAAGUAGUGCCAAACCGUUUGUCACUGAUGGGACAUUUUGCACGAGUUACAAGGGGACGGAG